AUGAGCCUUGACAUGUCAUCUCACCUGGAGUGGCUGAGCGACACCCAGGGUCAAGUAGAGGUUUUCCGGGAAGCUCUACCUCCCAAAAACAAUACGACAUGGACUGCCACCUGGCUGGAGAUAGCCGAUCUUCACACAAAUUGUAUGGAUUGUCUUCCGAGUCCACACACUUUUCCCCUCCCUGCUUCCCGUACUUUCAGAUCUGCUGAGAUCCAACAGCUCAGUGCUCCUGCUACCAGCUGCAAACAGCUCCAGUACCAGGUCUUCUUGUUGGACGAAGAUCGAGGAAGGCUUCUCGUUGGUGCCAGGGAUCACAUCUUCUUCCUGCCUCUGGACCACACAGGCCAAAGCCCUCAGCAGAUUCACUGGCCAGCCCCGAAAGAACAUGUGGAACAUUGCGUGUCAACAGGGAAGAGGAUUGAAACAGAGUGUGCCAACUUCAUCCGCCUCCUGGAACCUUUCAACAGGACCCACGUCUUUGCCUGCGGCACCGCAGCCUUCCACCCGCUCUGUGCUUACGUUCAAGUUGCCACUGAAUCAGAGGAGCCACGCUUCCAUCUGAAGCCACAUUCGGUGGAAUCUGGUUUGGGGAAAUGUCCAUACAGCCCACACGAACACUUUGCAGCUGUGCUGACAGACGGGGAGCUCUACGCUGGUACCUCAUUGGACUUCAUGGGAAUGAACCAUGCAGUGAUUAGGACCGCGGGUCACAGGUCCAAGCAACGCUACCUCAAGACGGAACAGGAUCAGCAGCACUGGCUAAACCAUCCUGACUUUGUUGGUGCUUACACGAUCUCUGACACGUAUAAUCCUGACGAUGAUAAAGUGUACUUCUUCCUGAAGGAGAUUGCGAUGGAAACUGGGAACUCUAAUAAAGCCAUCUACUCCAGAGUGGCUCGUGUGUGUAAGAAUGACACAGGCGGCAAACACAGCCUCAUUAACCGAUGGACCACAUUUCUGAAAGCGAGGCUGGUGUGUUCUGUGCCCGGGCUCGGGGACACACUGGACACGUUUUUCGACGAACUUGAGGACAUGUUUGUUCUUCAGACAAGGGAUGAGCAAAACCCUCUGAUCUACGCUGUGUUCACUACUUCCAGUUCUAUCUUCAAGGGCUCGGCCGUGUGUGUGUACUCCAUGGCCAAGAUCCGUGCAGUCUUCAAUGGUCCCUUCGCCCACAAGGAAGGUUUGGACUAUCGUUGGGUAGAAUACAAAGGGCGGAUCCCUUACCCCAGGCCAGGAACAUGUCCGAGCGAAACCUACGACCCUCAGUACAAAUCGACAAAGGACUACCCCGACGAUGUCAUCAGCUUUGUACGAACCCACCAGCUGAUGUGGGAGGCCAUCCGGCCUGUCAAGCACAGGCCCAUCUUCAUUAAAACCAACACGCAAUACAAGAUCCAGCACAUAGCGGUGGAUCGAGUGGCUGCUGAGGACGGCCAGUAUGAUGUGCUUUUCCUUGGAACUGAUGAAGGGAAAAUAAUGAAAGUUAUUACAAUCCCCAAAGAGAAUUGGGAAACCGAAGAGAUUGUCCUGGAGGAACUCAGUGUCACCCAGCAACUAUCCCCAAUCCUGAGUAUGGAGCUCUCCUCCAAACAGCAAUACCUCUAUGUCGGCACAGUGGACAGUGUAGUCCAGGUCUCGCUGCACCGAUGUGAGCUGUAUGGGAAGGUGUGCGCUGAGUGCUGCCUGGCUAGAGAUCCAUACUGUGCCUGGGACGGCUACGCUUGCUCCCGGUACUUCCCAACAAGUAAACGACGAGCCCGUCGACAAGAUGUGAAACACGGUGACCCAAUGACCCAGUGCUGGGACCUGCGAGAUGGGUUUGAAGAUGCGGAAGAGAAGCUGCUCUUUGGUGUGGAGACCAACUCAACUCUCCUGGAAUGUGUUCCCAAGUCACUGCAAACAGCCGUCAAAUGGUUUGUGCAGUGGACAAAGACUGAACAUAUAGAAGAGCUGAAAUUGGAUGAUCAUUACAUCACCGUGGACCAAGGCCUUCUGAUCCACAACCUUCACAAACAGGACUCUGGCGUUUACUACUGCCGGGCUCAGGAGCACUCGUUCUCUUACACCGUGGGCCGCUACAGGCUGCGGGUUAUCGACCAGGAGCAGAUGGAGGGGCCUUGGCACAAGGCUGACGAGGAUGAGGGGCGGGUGAGAGAGCAGAGCACCUCGGUCAGAGAGCUGAGAUCGCGUUACAAAGAGUACCUCCAGCUCCUGAGCAGCGGCCCCAGGCUCAGCAUGGACGAGUACUGUGAGCAAUCGUGGAACAGGGAGAAACGCAGGCAGAAGCCGAGGAACUUCAAGUGGAAAAACACCGUGGACGGCAGGAAGAGUCGGAUCCGGAGGCAUCCCGAGGCCUUGGGGAAGACUGACUAACCUUAGAGGCCGCCCCAACAAACAACACUCUCUCUGAUUGUGUCCAUGUACAGUUACUGUGAGCGGUGAGAAAGGUGACCAUAAUAAUCAGAACCAACAUAAUAAUAAUAAUAGUAAUCUUUGCAUUUGACCUA